AUGCGGCCCACCCUUCAAUUGUUUGCUCCUCUUCUUCUUGCCGCUCUACCGCUAUUUUUUGUGCUUCUCCGCACACUUCGGCGGCGUGCCAGACGGCGGCCCCUGCGGCCCGGCGGCGUCGCUCUCAUCACCGGCGGCGGCAGCGGCAUCGGCCUCGCGAUCGCCCGCUAUUUUGCCCGCGCCGGCUGCAGUGUUCUCCUCGUCGGCCGCAACGAAGACGCCCUCCGCAGCGCACAGACCGCCUGCAGAACAUUAGGCGCCCCGAGCGCUGAUGUGAUUGUGGCGGAUCUCUGCACAGUGGAAGGCACCAGCAAAGUGGGAGCGGCCGUGCGGGCCUGGCAGAAAGAACACGGGAGUGAAGAGCCAUUUAAAUAUCUCGUGCUUAACGCAGGUGCAGGGGCAAUUCUUCCGUUUGCCUCCCAACCAUCGUUUUAUACCGUAUGUGAAGAUAUGAUGCAGAUUAACUACUUUGCUAAUGUGCGUCUGCUGCAGCAAUUAUUGCCAUUACUUGCGGAAACUCAUUCAGAGAAUGAUCCAUCAAGAGUUAUCGUAAUGUCAUCACUGGCAGGCAUUUUACCAUCCACAUUUCGUAGUGCCUAUACAGCAGCAAAACACGCUAUUCAAGGAUUUAUGAACGCCCUCCGUGGAGAAACGGAUGUAGCCAUUACACUCUGUUGCCCAGGAUAUGUAGACACGGAGUUUCACAAACUGGCUCAGCAGGGCGGUAGUAUGGCCGGUAGUAAUCAUCGCCGUGGGGUCCCACCGGAGGUGUGUGCGGAACAGUGUAUGUCGGGUGUCUUGCAAGGGGACGCAGAGGUGCUAACAACACUUACCGGUAGACUCGGCUACGUGCUACGGCCUAUUUUCACCUCAUUUAUUGAUAAUCGAGCGAAGGAAAUGAGUACACGAUCACUGAAGUGA